GGAUUUUUUAUAUAUCUAAUGUUUUAAGAAACAAUAAACACUAUUUUAUAACUUGCAAAACAAAUCUUUGUUACAGUUACUUUGAAAAAUGGAACCGAAACGUGUUAAACAUCCGUUGACAUGGACAUUGAGACCAGUAUUGCCAAAGAAUGUGAUGGCUGAUACAGUUGAUACAGUGAAUGUGUUUGUGGACUUAAUUAUCGAUCGGACGUGCACCAGUAAAAUCGUUAAGAGCCUUGCAGAACCGCAGUUUGCAGUACCUGCUCUGAGUCAUCUGAAACGUGUCAAAGGACAGACUGUCAUACUGAUGCCUGCCAUUGGUUUGAGCCCAGAGCAAUGUGUAGCUGAGCUAAGAAACAAGGGGUUCAACUUUGACGGCCUGUCUGGUCGACCAACGAUUGUACCAGUUCCGCGGUCUGUGCCUAAAACGUGCCUUCAAAACCAAUGGGCCCGGGAACUGUGGCCGAGCAACUUUCAUCCUGAUAAACGGCUGGAGUCCGUGUUAGCUGGCAAAUAUUUCAAUGAUUUAGAGCUGGCCGCCAUUGAUAGCCAUAUGCGGACAGCAUUGGAGUGUGCUGGUAUCGGUGAUGGGGUUGGCGCUGCUGUGGUCGACCCUACAAAUGGCCAAAUAGUCGCAAAGAGUGGUGAUUUGAGGUCUGAACAUCCAGUUAAGCACGCGAUAAUGUGCGUCGUGGAUAACGUGGCUAAAACUCAGGGUGGCGGAGCGUGGGGACCCGUGGAGCCAACUAACACAUCCACAGACUGUGACAAGACCGGGCCAUACCUGUGCACGGGUUACGAUAUAUAUGUGACUAGGGAACCAUGUGUGAUGUGUGCCAUGGCGCUGGUUCACAGCAGGGCUAGAAGAGUAUUCUAUGGAUACAGCAGACCGACCGUUGGAGGACUAGGUGGUUUGGUGAGCGUGCAUCUCCUCGAUGGCAUUAACCACCGUUUCGAGGUGUUUGCUGGUGUCCUAGAACAAGAAUGUCAUGCUGCUGCGGAAACUGUGUUGAUGAGUACUGCGGGCGACAAUGACAUUGAGGGGUUGAAAUUGCAAUUAUAA